AUGGUUCCUGGGUUGGGUGCGAGGCACGCUGUUGAUGCGCCCAUCGUCCGCCAGCUCUUCAAUUCCUCUCCAAAUGAUCCCCGCUACCACAUGCUUACCUGGAUCUCCAAUAAAUUCUCUCAGCGUCUGACCGAGCCUCUCCACGAGCCCCGCGCAACCAUGUUCGUGAACCGCUUCACGCGAACUGCAACGAUCAUGUACGCUACAAGGGGAGUAUCGGAGAUCCUAGGCAUCAGUCCAAACACGCUUAUCUCCCAGAGCUUCUAUUACUGUAUGCAAGAAGAAUGCCUGGGAGGUGCAGUCAGGUGUCUCGAAGGUGCGAAGAGGAACGAUUCCAUCGCUUACCUGCGAUUCUGGUUCCGGAAUCCUCUACAUGACGUGCAUGGGUCUGGUCUUGGAUUGGAUGCGGCCCCGAGUCUACCACCGAUCGAGCUGGAAGCCGUCGUUUCUUGUACCUCAGACGGUCUCGUCGUCAUCUUGCGCCGAGCCCGUGCCCCCAUCCCUACUACCCCCGCUGUCCCUGCAAUCUCCGAGCCAGCUCCGGUCUAA